GACGCCUGUUUCCGUAUGGGGAGAGAGCAACUGCUCGAACUAUAUGAACCUGUGCUAGUCUCCAGAACAUGGAACCCAUUCGAAUGCAAGGUCCUUCUCUGAGAUCGUGCCGUAUGGUUUGUUCCACGCAAUGACUUCGAUCGAGCUCAAACGCGACAAUGCUGCUCACGCGGAAGCCCUCCCAGACAGCGCGCAAGACUCAAAUGACUUGGACUCUACCAUUCAUCAUCCCAAAGGGUGGUGGAGCUGGCGACUCAUCGCAUCCAUGGUGAUCGUCGGACUGUCAAUGGGUCUUCUUGGCUACGACAACAGUUUUGCGGCGCCCUUGGUGGCGCUGCCUCUGUUCAUCGCAAAGUACCAAGGCCCAGGAGUAUCAUUCACGGCUCGCAACCUUGACUUGAUAGUGCCAGUACCUCUCGUCGGCGCUGCGAUGGGCGCCUUUCUAGCGGCGCCUUUGAUGGAAAGGUCCGGUCGCAAGAAGACCUUUCUGCUAGCAUACUUUUUGCUCUGUGCACCUGGCUCUUUUCUCCAGCUCUUUGCCCCCAACUUGGGUGCGUUGGUCGCCGGAAGAUUUUGGAAUUGCAAUGUGCUUACCACCACGGCACCAUUAUAUCUGUCAGAACUUGUCCCGGCACAUUUCCGUGGCAGAGCGAUUGGCUUCUGCAUCGCAGGCGUCUCAGCUGUCGGAAUUAUCGCCACCACAAUUGUCUGGGCUACAGCAAAGCUCACGGAUGACCGAUCGUACCAGAUUCCACUUGGCGUUCAAGCAGCAUGUCCAGUGUUGUUCGGCAUCCUCACACUAUUCUGCCCAGAGUCUCCGUUCUGGGAACUUCAGCAUGAUAAGCACGAGUCGGCCAGGCGCACAUUGAUGGUGCUUCGCAAUGGUAAGACGGACAUUGUUGAGGCAGAGCUCUCAAUGCUGCAGAGAUCCAUCGCAAUGGAUGUAGAACGUCGAGCACAAGGUCACUUCUGGGACAUUUUCAAGCCCGCUAAUCUCGGGCGUACGCUGACAGCUGGGGCUUUGCUGUGUCUCAACCAAGUCAGUGGUCUCAUUCUUGUUUCCACCUACUCUACUGUCAUCCUGGUUCAAAGUGGCGUUGGAAAUCCGUUCCAGAUCACCGUCAUCAUCACCUGCCUACAGUUUCUCGGCACUGUUAUUGGGCCUGUCCUGGUGGACAAGGUUGGUCGCCGGCCAGUAGCACUGGUUGGAUUCUCGGUUUUGUGCAUGCUCGAUAUUGUAGCGGGGAGUUUGGCUGCGGCCGGAUUGACGACCGACGGUCAGAGGCUUGGUCUUGCGGCGAUGUUUAUUCUUUUUGGUUUCUUCAAUUCUGCUUCAUUCCAGUCGUUGGCAUUCGUCCUUCCCACGGAGAUUCCCACGACGGCUCUACGCGAGCCCACGGUGGCAUGGUCGGUGUUCUGGUCCUAUGUCACAGCCAUCAUCACGACGUUCGCGGUGCCUCAACUCACAGCUGCCGAUGCAGCGAAUCUGGGAGCCAAAACUGCAUUCAUUUUUGCGGGAUGCGUCUUCAUCACCGUUCUCUGGACAUAUUUCUACAUUCCUGAGACCAAGGCUCGCACCAUGGCCGAGAUUGACGAGAUAUAUUCACUCAAACUGCCGAUGAGACGGUGGAGGGACUACAAAUGCGAAGUGGUGAGCAUUACAGCAGCGGAACUUGGAGCUGGAAAAGACUUCUCGUAA